AUGCCCACUCUGACCGACUCGCCCAGUCUUGCCUCGCUCACCCUCGCUGUGACCGUUGGUCUUGUAUCGGCGAGCGCCGGGUAUUUCUUUGGGUCCAGAGCUACGACCCUCCACCUACCGGAGCCUUCCGAAGCCUCUCCGAACAAUGCCGAACUAAGCCCUGAAGUCAUACUGGCUGCUCCCUUAGCUUCCCCUGAACCUGUAGAGAACGAGAACUCCGACGACGAAGCUGCCGAUGGUGACUUGAGCGCAGUCUCGGCUGGCUUCAUGGCGCCAUGCAAACUAGUUCUGGUAGUAAGGACCGACCUUGGCAUGAGCCCUGGGAAGAUCGCCGCACAGUGCAGCCAUGCUACGCUGGCCUGUUAUAAGGCGCUUGUGAAGAAGAAUCCCAAGCUGGUGAACCAUUGGGAAAGGACAGGACAGGCGAAGAUUGCUCUCAAGUGUAACUCCGAAGAUCAACUGCUUGAGCUGGAGGCCAUCGCCAAGAGCCUGAACCUGUGUGCACGAUCGAUCCAAGACGCCGGUCGCACGGAGGUUGCUGCGGGUUCGACGACUGUUCUCGGCAUUGGUCCCGCACCCGUCGAGCUCGUGAAUCAGGUUACUGGGAAGCUACGACUAUUGUAG